UACAUUGACCAAAAAUCUCUCUCUCUCUCUCUCUCUCUCUCUCUCUCUUCCCCCAAAUCUUCCAAUUUCCUACUUUUUCCUUAGUUUUUUGUAAUUGGGUCCUUGUAAAUCAGAGAAUUCUUGUUUAAUGCUCAAGCCUUCAUGUAAAAAGCGAAAUCUGAAGUUGAGGUUGGUCCAUUUUUUGUUAGUUCUAUCCUUUAAAAACAACAUUCCUCUCACAAAAUACAUGCCCUCUCUCUUUCCCUCUUUCUCUAUCCCCACGAAAGUAUGCCUGAACAACCAUUCCUCCUCCUCCUCCUCCUCCUCCUACUCCUCUCCUCCAUUCUCUCCUCCACCGCCACCACGACCGUCGCUGCCCGACAAUUCAAGGAAGCCCCGCAAUUCUACAACUCCCCAGAUUGCCCCUCCAUUGUGGAAAACCACCACAGAGCCGAAGACAACGCCGAGAAGCCUGAGGCGGAUGAUGACGGCAUCUUCCUUUGCUCCGAGACGGCUGUCCACGUGGCCAUGACCCUCGAUACCGCGUACAUCCGCGGCUCCAUGGCGGCCAUCCUCUCCAUCCUCCAGCACUCCUCCUGCCCCCAGAACGUGGUCUUCCACUUCGUCGCCUCCGCCUCCGCCGACGCCCCACACCUCCGUGCCACCAUCUCGGCCUCCUUCCCUUACCUCCGCUUCUGGCUCUACCGCUUCCACGACUCUGCUGUCUCGGGCCUCAUCUCCACGUCCAUCCGCUCCGCGCUCGACUGUCCCCUGAACUAUGCCCGGAGCUACCUCGCCGACCUCCUCCCUCCCUGUGUCCGGAAGGUCGUCUACCUUGACUCCGACCUCAUCCUCGUCGAUGACAUCGCAAAGCUUGCGUCGACACCGCUUGGCGAGAGCACCAUCCUCGCCGCCCCUGAGUACUGCAACGCCAACUUCACCGCCUACUUCACGCUGACCUUCUGGUCGAACCCUUCGCUGUCAUCGACCUUCGCAGGCCGCACGCCGUGCUACUUCAACACUGGAGUGAUGGUGAUGGAUCUCGAUCGGUGGCGACGCGGGGGCUACACGAAGAAGAUAGAGGAGUGGAUGGAGCUGCAGAAGAGGAUGAGGAUAUACGAGCUAGGGUCACUGCCGCCCUUCUUGCUGGUGCUCGCAGGGAUUGCAGCGGUCGACCACCGGUGGAACCAGCACGGGCUUGGCGGGGACAACUUCCGAGGGCUGUGCCGGGAUUUGCAUCCCGGGCCGGUGAGCCUCUUGCAUUGGAGCGGGAAGGGGAAGCCAUGGGCCCGGCUCGACGCCAACCGGCCGUGCCCUUUGGACGCUCUCUGGGCUCCUUACGAUCUCUUGCAGACUCCAUUCUCUUUGGAUUCUUGAAAAGAAACAUCAGACAUCAUGCUCAAGGUUUUACGUCGGGGCCUUUUAGCCGGAGGAUUGAUAUCGGAUCGCGUGACCGACGCCUCGAACGGCGAUGAAUUGAGCAUUACAUGCACACCUGAUUGGGAAAAUCUCUGAUGAAGGCCAAGAUGGUUUCCCUUUGAGCCUUUUGUUCUGAUCUUAGUUUCUUCUUCUUUUUUCAAUCGAAAAGUUCUGAUCUUAGUUCAAAUAUGUGAAAGUUGUAGAUAAUAUAAGAGAUCUUGAUGUGUAAUUGCGUACGACGGACGCAAAAUCAAUAAAAUGUUCAGGAUGAUGCAGAGAAGUCGUUUUGGUGCA